AAUAAUUGUCUAUUAUCAGACACAGUCAAACAAGACUGGAGUGAAGGCAUAUUUUUAUUUAUUCACGAGUACGAGCGUACUUCAUCAGAUUCUGAAAUAAGAAAAUACUAAUUGUUUACUUUCCCAUGCAAAGUGACUACGGAUUACUCCAGAACAUACUAUCAUUGAUUAGCAAGUAGCUUAUUCUAAUAGGCCUACAUUCUAUAGUGAAUGCGUUUAAAAAUGUAUAAAUUUUUCAACGCAUUAAUCCAUAUUUUUAUUGCGCUGCGAUAUUGUCGAGAUGCCUUGUUGAAUAGUCAACUUUUCAUUUGUAACCGCUAGUAGCUUAACUGAAAACUUCAUCUGCAGCCUAAUAAAAGAAUGCCACAAAAUCCACUUUAGUAGGCUACUGCAAAUUAAAUCAUGCAAUACCCAACAGAUUUAGUUUUGCACACUCUACAAAGAUCGAGCGAUGACAAUGUGAAAUACUGACUUAACUCUAGUCGAUGAGAUUCAGUGUCAGUGUGCAAUAUAGCCUAAGGGAGGUAUCAUGUGGGUGUGGGGUGAGGGAUAGGGGCGUUUAAAGCGUUCAUAUUUCCUCCCCUUAAAUUAUGGUUGUAGACGUAGGGCUGACACAUCGGUUGGGACAGGUAGGCUACACGGACAUUUCGGUGCGAGAGUAAGACGCCCUGCAGAGUCAGCGCUAACGCGGACGAUGAGAAUUUAGUGAAGCAAUCCCGGGCGUUAAAAAAGAUGAGGAUGAUGUCACUGAGUCUGGAAAAUAAUAAAUAAUGCAGCCAAAAACGAAAUGGAAAGAACCCGCGUCACUGGUGGUGUUGGUAUUCGUCCAACGUUAAAUCAAGUUCUAUAAUUUCCACGACUGGGUCCUGUAGCUCUCUUUACAGUCCGCGGGCUUCCAUUCACUGUGACUUCUCCAUCCUGUUGAACAAGUGCUUCGGGAAUUUAUUGUGAUAGUCAUCCAAUCAGAGGAUCGUCCUUGGGUAAAUGAUCCUGAACUUUCACUUUACCUAUAAAAAGGAAUUUCGAGUUUACUCUUGCAGGUGAAUAGGCCUACUGGGAUGGACAUGUUCUCGAUAGCGGCUGCCGUUCUGUGUCUGUGGAUAGGUGCUGGGGUCGUGGUGUGCGGUGCCCCUUGUGAGCCGGUCAAUAUCCCAAUGUGCAAGAAUAUGCCUUGGAACAUAACCCGAAUGCCCAAUCACCUUCACCACAGCACCCAAGAGAAUGCAGUCCUCGCGAUCGAGCAAUACGAAGAGCUGGUAGACAUCAACUGUAGCCCUGUGUUGCGUUUCUUCUUGUGUGCAAUGUACGCUCCAAUCUGCACCCUCGAAUUCCUCCACGACCCAAUCAAACCUUGCAAGUCGGUUUGUCAGAGAGCUAGGGACGGCUGCGAACCCAUUAUGAGGCGCUAUAACCACAGCUGGCCGGAAAGCCUUGCGUGCGACGACUUACCUGUAUAUGAUCGAGGUGUCUGCAUCUCUCCUGAAGCCAUUGUUACUGAUUUACCCGAAGAUGCUAAAUGGGUUGAUUUUUCACGUGAUGUUGUGCUGGAAAAACCACAACCAUCAGAUUGCAAAAGCUGGAAUUCCGAUCGCUGCAGGUGCCGUAAAAUAAAACCAACGCUUACAACAUACAUUGAAAAGAAGUACAAUUAUGUUAUUCAUGCAAAAGUUAAAGGUGCAAGCCGGACUAGCUGCCAGGAGAUAACCACCGUUGUGGAAGUGAGGGAAGCGUUCAAGUCUUCCACCCCGAUCCCAAGAGCACAUGUUACUUUGAUAACCAAUUCCUCGUGCAACUGCCCGCAUCUCCCACUUAACCAAGAAGUGAUUAUCAUGUGCUAUGAGUGGCGCUCAAGGCUGAUGCUGCUCGACGGGUGUCUUGUGGAAAGAUGGAAAGACCAACUGGUGAAGAGAUACAAGCGCUGGGAACAACGCUUGCAAGAGCAGCAGCAGAGGAGCCCCAGACUGAACCCCAAGGGUUCGAGCGCAACCACGGGAACCUCCAGGAAAACCACCAGAAGCAAGAACACGCAGAGGGAUGGCCGACAGAGGAAGGCUUGACCGUUCCCUCCCUCCCUUUCUCGCUCCCUCUCUCCCAUCUCCCUCUCCUCAGCCCUUGGAGUUCUUUUGCAUGGCGAGUUGGCACCUGAUAUCGCAGCGGGCGACCGUGUAGUUUUCCGAUCCUAUGUUAGCUCUUUCCCAGGUACUCCGUAGGGAUUCCUUGGCAGAUACCACAGAGCACAGCCCCUGGCAACAGGUUUGCACUACAUUUGUAUCUCGUGUUCCCAGUGUUUUACCAGGAAGACAAUGUCCAGUCUCCCUCCUCCCCCUCCAAUCCCCAUUGCAUCUGGUUAUGCUAUAAAAGUAAGAUGUGUGUGCCGUGAAUUAAGCCGUUUAGUGCAUUGUGUCUUUUAUUUUUCUUUCAAAUUUUUAUAUUGUUUGUAUUGGAACAGAUUUUUCAUCUCUAUGGCAACUGUGUUGUAUACUUCAGACUGGCUUCUGUUGUUUUCGACUUAUAUUAAAGCAAAUCGUCUGAAAGAUGGUUAAGGGUGGCCCUUAGGGAUUUGUGCUUUUGCAAAGGAAAGAAGGACAAAUAUUGAAAUACCCUGACGAGAGCUUGGAAUCUCAAGGCUUGGUAUUAGUGAAACCACUUUGGACCUGUUGCAACAAAGUGAAAGUAGGUCAAUAUUAUCGCUUGCUAAUAUUAUUUGCAAUGAAUGGAAGUACUAUGUUGACAUGCACCUACAAUUCAAACUGCAAUGAGAGUGGUAAAAUGCUGCAUACAUAAUUUACUGUAGUAUAUAUCUAAAUUAGAUUACAGAGAAAGAAUGGGAAUUGGAAAUGGAAAGAUUUGAAACUUUGUGGAAUUUUGGAAACUUCAACCAGGCAUCAGUGAAUUUACUAGAAUUUACUAGACCCAGUGACAACUGUACUGGCCGAAAAUGCAGAUUGAAGAAAACGCAUGCAGGUAUAUUUAAUGUUAAAAAUUGAAUAAUUAUAAUUUACCUGACAUUAUCAAUGCCAACACUGAAAUUGACAUUUUUCCACAUUAUUAAUACUGUAUUUUGUAUUAAUGGCAAAGAAGAUGGUGUUAUGCUUAGAUGUGCCGGGUCAAGUAAACAUAUAGUGCCAUGGAUAUUACCCAUGGAAACUGCAAAGAAAUUUAAAAUUUCUAGGAGCUGUGUUCAGUACACACUCAGAAGUGACCAGCUGAUGGGCAGUAAUGUUAACAGGACAAGACCAGGAAGAUCAAGAGGCAGUAGAUAAAUAUCUUGUGGUGUCUAGCAAAAGAAAGCAUUGCAAAAUUGCACUACGACUACAGGGAGAACUGAAUGCAGCUAGAGAGAAGCCAGUUCCAGACUACAGUGAAACGGCAACUAUGAUCUGUUGGUCUAAAAGAAUAUGCAUCUGCCAUUUUUCAAUCUUUGAUGGUCUUCUCCUGCUAACAUUACUGCCCAUCAGCUGGAACCUUCUGAGUGUCUACUGAACACUGCACCUGAAAAUCUUAAGAUUCUUUCCAAUUUCUCACUGGGAAUAACCUUCUUGCCACAAUGUUUAUUUUGCCCCAGAUAUCUAAGCCUGACUCCCCCUUCUUUGCCACAUUUCUUGCAACUUUAGUGCCAAUUUUCCUUUCACUACAGGCUGAAAGUAUUAGGCUACCUGGGGUUUUUAAAAAAAGCUUAUGGCAUGUAAGAUUUCACUCAAUUUAAUGUCUCCUCUACCUCCCACUUUGCAUAAAGAUUGGAUAGACUUCCAAUGAUAAAUUUAAUUGUACUUAAAGCCAAAGGAGGCUAUUUCGAGGGAAGUAAGGUCUAAGAUUAUUUUUAAGUAAAAGUUAUCUUUUUGUGUUAUUGCAGGUAGAACUGGAAAAACAUACUUUAGUUUGUUAUUCAGUAAAUGUGCAUAUAUAAACUGAAUUCUUCUCAACCUAAAGUUUUUUUUUUUUUUAACUACAAGUGGCCUAAUACUUUUGGCCUGUACUGUAUAUGUAAAAGAUGCUAAUCACCACAUCUUUGAUUAAAUUAGUUUUUCAAA